UCUCACCAUGCAGCUCCUGACAUCCCUCACCCUCUGCCUCUGYGCAGGGCUCAGCACCGCUGUCAUCCCAGCGGAGGAGGAGAAUCCAUCCUUCUGGAACAAGCAGGCAGCUAAAGCCAUCGARGCCGCCUUCAAAAUCCAGCCCAGGGUACGCCAAGCCAAAAACCUCAUCCUUUUCCUUGGAGAUGGAUUUGGGGUGCCCAGCAUCACAGCCACCCGCAUCCURAAGGGGCAGCAGCAGGGGAAGCUGGGCCCUGAGACCCCUCUUGCCCUGGAUGCGUUCCCUUACGUGGCUCUCUCCAAGACUUACAAYGUGGACAGGCAGGUCCCCGACAGCGCAGGGACAGCCACGGCCUAUCUCUGCGGGGUGAAGGGCAACUACAAGACCAUAGGGCUGAGCGCGGCCGCCCGCUACUCGCAGUGCAGCACCACAGCUGGCAACGAGGUGAUCUCGGUGCUGGAGAGAGCCCGCAAAGCUGGGAAGGCCGUGGGUGUGGUGACAUCGACGCGGGUGCAGCACGCGUCGCCCUCGGGGAACUACGCGCACGUGGUGCACCGGGACUGGUACGCGGACGCCAGCAUGCCCGAGAGCGCGCGGCUGGAGGGCUGCAAGGACAUCGCCUGGCAGCUGGUCCACAACGUCGACAUCAACGUGAUCCUGGGCGGGGGGCGGAAAUACAUGACCCCCGUGGGGACGCCGGACCCUGAGUAUCCCACCAACAGCAAGCAGAACGGGAUACGCGAGGAUGGGAACAACCUCAUUGACAUGUGGCUGAAGGAACGGCCGGGUGCCCRCUACGUCUGGAACAGGACAGAGAUGCUGGCUGCUGCCGCCGACCCCAGUGUGAAUUAUUUAAUGGGUCUCUUUGAACCYGGGGACAUGAAGUACGACCUGGUGCGUAACACCACCCUGGACCCGUCACUCACUGAGAUGACGGAGGCGGCCAUCACCAUCCUGAGCAGGAACCCCAAUGGCUUCUACCUCUUUGUGGAAGGUGGCAGAAUCGACCACGGCCACCACGAUGGCGCAGCGCACAAGGCACUGACGGAGGCGGUGGAGUUUGACCGGGCCAUUGAGCGGGCRGGCACCCUGACAGACGAGGCUGAGACCCUCACGGUCAUCACCGCUGACCACUCGCACGUCUUCUCCUUCGGUGGCUACACCUUGCGUGGCUCCUCCGUCUUCGGUCUGGCACCCAAGAAAGGCCUUGACGGGAAGAACUACACAUCCAUCCUGUACGGGAAUGGGCCGGGAUACCCGGGCACUGACCGGCCCAACGUGGACCCUGACACAGCCAUGCAGUUCAACUACCAGCCACAGGCAGCCGUGCCCCUGGACUCAGAGACCCACGGCGGUGAGGAYGUGGCCAUCCUGGCCAAGGGCCCCAUGGCCCACCUGUUCCACGGGGUGCAGGAGCAGACCUACGUGGCGCACGUCAUGGCCUAUGCUGCCUGCCUGGAGCCCUACACCGAGUGCCGCCAGCGGGGCUCGGCCCCUGGCAUCCGCGCCACCCCCCUGGCCCUGCUCCUGCCCGCCCUCCUCCUGCCCCUCUUCCACUGACCAUGGCCCCAGGGCACCCCACAGGACAUCGUUCCUCCCAUGUGUUCCUCCCCCUCCCCACGGUGUGGCACCUGCAGACAGAUGGCAGYUUUCUGAAACGCCCCUGCUCUGGACACAGCUGCCAUCAGGACACCAAAUUCCGUGGGCUGGAGUGUUAAAUAUAUUGUUAAAUAAAUACRGGGUGGGACAGGCGUCUUCAUGGCAGGGCUGGGGGUGCUGCCCACUGCUCCCUCCCCUGGCCACAGCCCCU